AAAUAAAAGCAUCUCUCAGUGUGUAACAUUAUAAUAUUUAGAUGUGUUCCUGUGUGUUUCUAACCAGGAGCUGGAACACAAAGUCAUCACUCUGAUAAAGAAUGAGCUGAAGAGGUUUAGGAAGCUCCUGAGUCCAGAUUACCCAACAUGCCCUGAGAGGGAGGUGGAGGAUGAGGAGGAUCUGCACAGUGUCAGAGAGGGAGCGCUGAAGAUCACACUGCGUGUCCUGAAGAACAUGAACCACACAGAUCUCGCUAACACACUGCACAACAAACUCGCCUCUGUGUAUCAGACAGAGCUGAAAUCCAACCUGAGAGAGAAAUUUAUAAGAAUUAAUGAAGGAAUCUCACAGCAUGGAAGCUCAGCACUUCUGAAUGAGAUCUAUACAGAUCUCUACAUCACAGAGGGUUGGAGUGGAUAUGUCAAUAAUGAACAUGAGGUGAGACAGAUUGAGACAGCGUCCAGGAGACCAGCAACACAGGAGACACCCAUCAAAUGUAACGAGCUCUUUAAAGACAAGUCCAUCAGAAGUCUUCUGACUAAAGGAGUUGCUGGAAUUGGAAAAACAGUCUCUGUGCAGAAGUUCAUUCUGGACUGGGCUGAAGGAAAAGCAAAUCAGGACGUCACCUUCAUGUUUCCACUUCCUUUUAGAGAGCUGAAUCUGAUGAAGCAGAGAAAUCUCAGUCUGAUGGAGCUUCUUCAUCACUUUUUCCCAGAAAUGAGAAAACUAGAAUUACUAGACUCCUACACAGUGGUGUUGAUCUUUGAUGGUCUGGAUGAGUGUCGACUUCCUCUAAAUUUCCAGAAGAAUGAGAGAUUGUGUGAUGUGACAGAGUCAGCCUCGGUGGAUGUGCUGCUGACAAACCUCAUCAAGGGGAAUCUGCUUCCCUCUGCUCUCCUCUGGAUAACCUCUCGACCAGGAGCAGCCAAUCAGAUCCCUCCUGAGUGUGUAGACCAGGUAACAGAGGUACGAGGCUUCAGUGAUCCUCAGAAAGAGGAGUACUUCAGGAAGAGGAUCAGUGAUCAGAGCCUGGCCAAUAAAAUCAUCACACGCAUGAAGUCUUCAAGAAGCCUCUACAUCAUGUGCCACAUCCCAGUCUUCUGCUGGAUCUCAGCCACUGUUCUAGAGAGAAUGUUGGGUGAAGCAGAGAGUGGAGAGGUCCCCAAGACUCUGACUCAAAUGUUCACACACUUCCUGAUCUUUCAGAUCAAACACAAGGACCAAAAGUACCAUCAGAAAUGUGACCCUGAUCCUCAGCAGACCAGAGAGAGUAUCCUGGCACUGGGGAAACUGGCUUUCCAACAGCUGGAGAAAGGAAACCUGAUCUUCUAUGAGGAAGACCUGAGAGAGUGUGGCAUUGAUGUUGGAGAAGUGGCAGUGUACUCAGGAGUGUGUACCCAAAUCUUCAGAGAGGAGUUUGGGCUUCACUUGGGGAAGGUGUUUAGCUUUGUACAUCUGAGUGUUCAGGAAUUUCUGGCUGCUUUAUACGCAUUUCUCUCCUUCAUCAGCAGAAAUGUAACAGAACAACAAACCACUGAUCUGUCUGAUCUUUUCAGAAAGUCAACCAUGUCUGAUUUCCUCAGGAGUGCAGUGGACAAGGCCUUACAGAGUGAGAAUGGACACCUGGACCUGUUCCUCCGCUUCCUUCUGGGUCUCUCACUGGAGUCCAAUCAGGCUCUCUUACGAGGCUUAAUGCCACAGACAGGAAGCAGCUCUCACAGCAAACACGAAACAGUCAGGUACAUCAAGGAGAAGAUCAGGGAGAAUCCAUCUCCAGAGAAAUCCAUCAAUCUGUUCCACUGUCUGAAUGAACUGAAUGAUCAUUCUCUAGUGCAAGAAGUACAGACUUACCUGAACAGAGAAGGUGACCGUCGUCUCAGGGGAACCAUACUCUCUCCUGCUCAGUGGUCAGCUCUGGUGUUUGUGUUACUGAACUCAGAUCAGGAGCUGGAUGAGUUUGAUUUGAGUAAAUAUGACCGAUCAGAGGAAGGUCUUCUGAACCUGCUGCCAGUGGUCAAAGCCUCCAGAAAAGCUGACCUGUGGAUGUGUAAUCUGACAGAGGAAAGCUGUAGAGUUCUGUCCUCAGUUCUCAGCUCAAACUCCUCCAGACUGAGAGAACUGCACCUGAGUCACAAUAAACUGCAGGAUUCAGGAGUGAAGCUGCUCUGUGCUGGACUGGAGAAUCCACACUGUACACUGGAGAUACUGAGGCUGUGUUGGUGUAAUCUGACAGAGGAAAGCUGUAGAGUUCUGUCCUCAGUUCUCAGCUCAAACUCCUCCAGACUGAGAGAACUGCACCUGAGUCACAAUAAACUGCAGGAUUCAGGAGUGAAGCUGCUCUCUGCUGGACUGGAGAAUCCACACUGUACACUGGAGAUACUGAGCAUGUAUAACUGCAGUAUUACAGAUGAAGGUUGUGCUGCUCUGGCUUCAGCACUGAGGUCAAACUCCUCAUCACACCUGAGAGAACUGGAUCUGAACUGGAAUAAUCCAAUAAAAUCAGGAGUGAAGCUGCUCUCUGAUCUACUGGAGGAUCCACACUGUAAACUGGAGACACUACACAUUAAGAAUAAAAAAUUGACCAGGACCGGCGAAUGACAGGAGUCUCACCUCAAACCUCUUCUCCAGGAUAAAGCAGUUUUGGUGAAGCGUUAGAACCCGUCCCACAUUUCCAGCAGUUUGGGAGCUAAAUCAUUAAACUUAAAGGGACAGAGCAGAUACAAAGUCAAGAACAGGCAGAAGGUCAUACACAGGAGAAAUCAACACAUGUAACGAAAUAUCUGCUGUACAAAGUAACGGCAACGAUCUGCCCCAGGGAUGGAGACUGACGAGGCUUAAGUAGACGUCUGGAAAUGUACAGCUGACUGAUCCCAAAGCACGAGGCAGGAGCAGGCAUGUUAAUGGUAAAUGGUGUGCAAUUAUAUAGUGCUUUUUUAACCUUAGUGGUUCCAAAGUGCUUUACAGUGUUUCACAUUCAUGAGGCUUGUGCCAAAGAGUAGAUGUGAAAAUACAGUGGAAAAUUUCCCUUGCAACCUGCCAACCUUUGCUGUGUCAUGAACACACUGUCUUGGUCAACCCAAUGCAACAGUGUGUGUUCAGCAUGCAUGGAGGCACUGGUCCUGUACAUAGUGUUACAUGAAAUAACACCAGAAAUAACACAAAUCAAUACGCUCGUGUGCAUCUCUCUAAUGGCCUGAUGAGGUCCAUGUCAAUUCUUUCAGCUGGGACCUUGAAUAAAGGUAAUGGGCAUAAUGGUGCUAUUGGGGUGGCCAGUGGAUUUGCAGCUGAAAUUAGUAGCCUGGUAACAAUUGCUUCCACAGCUCCUUUUUGAUGCACCAGUCGACUUAACACUACCCAUAUGAGUUGAUGUUUGGCCAAAAACCAAACAACAUCUGAAAGAAGCUUUGAUAAAAGCCUGGAAAAGCAUCACAAAAGAAGAGUGUAACAAUUUGGUGAUGUCAGUGGAUCGCCGCUUGAUUAUUUAUUGCAAGGAAGGGAUAUGCAAACAAAUAGUUUUAUUUACUUUGAUUUCCUUGAAGACUAUCUGUUCUAAUAUUUUUGGUCACCUCAAAAUGUUCUAAAUUGUUUAACACAUCUAGAUGUAUAUAUCAGGAAAUUAAAGCUUCAAUGUUGA